CAACAGCAGCGGGGGCGAAGUGAGAGUGUCCCGGCAGAGCGCUGCUGCUGGACGCGUCCUAACCAGAUGGACAUGAACUUGUGGAGAUAUCCAUGUUGGGAAACGUAAGCUCUGUGGAAGUGCGGAGUCCCAGGAUGAUACGAUUCCUGUUGCUGUUUAGUCGUCAGGGGAAACUGCGGCUACAGAAAUGGUUCACGCCUGUCAGCGAUCGUGACAAGAAGAAGAUCAUUAGGGACAUCACACACAUGGUGCUGGCACGACCUCCUAAAGCCUGCAACUUUCUGCAAUGGAGAGAUCUAAAGGUGGUCUACAGAAGGUAUGCGAGUCUGUAUUUCUGCUGUGGAUUGGAGCAGGAGGAUAACGAGUUGCUCACGCUGGAACUUCUGCACAGAUACGUCGAGCUUCUGGAUCAGUACUUUGGCAAUGUGUGUGAAUUAGACAUCAUUUUUAACUUUGAGAAGGCUUACUAUAUUUUGGAUGAGUUUGUGAUUGGUGGAGAGAUGCAGGAAACUUCCAAAGUGUCAGUGGCCAAAUCGAUGGAAGAGGCGGACUCUCUUCAGGAGACAAUGGAGGAGUAUUUAAACAAACCCACAUACUGAAGACAUCUAGAAAAAGUCACUUUCAUAACCUCCCUCUGCAAAGACAUAAAGCAUAUUCCUGCUCCAUAUGCUGAAUGUUAAUAAUCAAACAUUCUUAUGUUAAAUAAAACAGCUAAAACAGCAACACAUGACAUAAAUUAAUUUAUCAGAUUAAAAUUCACUCAAAACAUCAGUGAAAUUAUCAGAUUACUACUACUUUUGAGAUUGUAAGAAGACAUUUAUUAAAUUAUACAAGUGUAUUAUCAAAUGUAGAACACAAAACUCCCUGGUUUUGGCUUACUGUGUGCUUAUUUUCAUUUUUAUUAUUUUCUGCAUGCAGACAAUCAGACAAUGACGUCACAGAUUUUAGAUUGUAUUGUUGUGUACUGCAGGAAAAAAAAUUGUUUCUUACUUUAUGAACAGUUUUGUUUUUGUGAAUGUAUGAAUGGAAGUGACAUAAUUAUACAUUGGAGCUGCAGGCAAGUAUGUGCCCAAAUAUUCAUGAAAAGGUGGAAACAAAUGUCAAUUUUUUUAUAUAUAAAGUCAAUAAAUAUUGAUCAUUUUGGAAUGAUAAUCUCUGAAUAUGAU